CUCCUCGGGUGGAGUCCCGGGCUCGACGAGACGGAGGCCAGGGUAGACGACGGAGGCGACGAGGACGACGAGGCUGAGGAGGGGAAGCCCAUGCCGGCCGCCGGGGCCCGCCGCUCCACUCGCGUCUUCAUGCCCAAGGCGGCUAAGCCGCCGCAAUCCCAGGAGCACGUCGAUCCCGCCACCCGGGUCCUCCGCUCCGGCAAGCGCCUCGCCGCCGACCGGAUCCGCUGGGACGCCAAGGAGGCGGCAGCCUUCCACGUCGACAUCAAUCACGGCCACGACCAGCAGCACCAAAAGGAAGAUUACCCCAAACCGGGAUUGCCAGCUCUGACAAAGUCCUUCGGGCUCGUGUACAGAAGGAAACGCCGUCGCCGCCGGAGGCACCCCGCCGAUGAGGUCGUCGCCGAGGACGAGGACGGCAGCAGGAGGUUUGGGAUAGUAUACACCAGGAGGAAGGGCAAGCGAUCGAAGGUCAGCCCUCUCCUGGUCCCGCAAGAGCCAGAGGUCCCCUGUGACAUCGCCGCCGCCAUACCAUGCUCCUCCUCCCGGGAGUUUGCGUCAAGAACUGGUUUCUUGGAUGCCCAUUUCUCGGCCCUGGUAGAUGAUGCCGUCACUUACUCUGGGGCUCAGAUGCUCGUCAUCCUUGUCGAUACGUCUUGUUCUGGGAGCUCUCACCGGCUCACUGGCCUUCUUGUACCCAUGCUGCGGUGGAUGCGCCGCAGUUGGCAGCGGGGGAAGUUCCGGAACCUUGCGACAUUCAUCUUCUCUUCGGGUAUAGCUGCUGCGUUUGCAUCCCACGGGGUGCACUUUGUCAAGCUCCAGUGCCAGAGCGCUUCUGCAUUGUUACACAGGCCUCUUGCGCAUUGUGGGUGGUGUGUGCUUCAUGGUUCCAAGAAAUCUGAACCGCUGCUCUCAGUCGAUUUCUCAGCACUUCCUUCAUACUUUUCGAGCUUGCAUUAUGCUGUAGCUCUUGAUUCGAUGUAUCUGUCAGCUAUGAUUCAGCACAGCAGGCUGCUGGUUGAGGGAUCUGAAGAAAUCUAUCCUCGCUCUCCUUUAUAUUUGGAAUCUGGGGCUCAGAGCAGUGGUUUUGCCGCUACGGCCGCGGGUAACAAUGAACCUUGCAGAGUUGUUCCGAACUACAUGCCCCUCGAACAAGUUGCUGGACUAGUGGCACAUGGUCUGAGGUUGAAGAAGCAUCAAAGGCGGAGAACUAUGAGACAUCCCCGAAAUCGGCGGCGACUUAUUAUAGCUAGAUUACCUGACAAUGGAAUUGGGAUGAAGCACAGUACAACUUCCAUGCAAACAGAAGAAAAUGUGCGAUCAAGUAGGCAAGGACCUCCUGUGGAGCCUGUCUAUCCUAAAGCAGCAUUAGAAAUUUCUCUUGAUUUGCUUGAAAACAUGGAUGAAAGUGAUGUUUCGACUCCCAUCGGAUCAGCUAGGAGAAAGAGAUCUUCUUUGAAGAGCCCUGUUGAGAGAAUGAAUGAAAAGGUGGCCUUGGCUGAGGUGAGACAGAACAUAGAUUCUGUUCAAAGCAAAGCGAAUCUUCUAAAUCUUCAAGCUGAUAGGUGCUGGAGGGAAGAAGGUGCUGAAGUUAUGCUAGAACUAUCAGAUACCAAUAAGUGGUGUAUAGUUGUGAAGAUACAAGGUAUUACUAGGUAUUCACUUAAACCUUCAGAUGUUAGGUCAUAUGUCAUUAAUCGUCAUUCUCAAGCCUACAUGUGGGCAGUUGAUGAUGCAUGGAAACUUGAGUUCACUGAUAAGUGGGACUGGCUGUUAUUCAAAGAGCUGCAUGUUGUGGGCCGUGAGCGUAAUUCCCAGGGGAAGACAAUCCCAAUUCCUGGGGUACAUGAAGUUUCUGAUGGCAUGGAAGGGAUUGUUACAGAUCCUUUCUCACGCCCUGUGCCAGACUAUAUUAGGAUGGUGGAUGAUGAAGUUGGACGAGCUAUCUCAAGAGAUUCUAUUUAUGACAUGGACUCAGAGGAUGAACAAUGGCUCAUUCAGUUGAAUCCUGCAGAUUCAGAUUCAAACAGCUCUCAAAGGAAUCAUCUCUCUUACGAAGACUUUGAGAGGAUAAUAAGCAUAUUUGAAAAGGAUGCCUACAACAAUGCCCAAGGAAAAAAUGAUUUGAGUGAGUUUUUUUAUAGAUAUCCUGCUUUAGGAAAGGAUGAUAACGUGCAUGCUGUGUAUAAAUAUUGGACAAGUAAGAGGUCCAAGAGAGCUGCACCAUUGCUUAGGGUAUUUCAGGGUGCACCCAUAAGGCGAGGGCAUUUAUCACAAAAGUCUGCCAUGAAGCGAAAGAGAUCUUUCAAGAGACAAAAAAGCCAAGCUGGUCGUGGAAAGCCUGAAGCUUUAUUGCAAUACAAUGCUGAAGAGGACGCAGCUUUGCACAGAGUUGCCCAAGCUGAACGUGCGGCAAAACAGGCUGUAGAAAGAGCUAUUCGACUGCGCAACAGAGCCCAGUCUCUCAUGACAAACGCAGAGCUCGCAGCAUACAAAUCCGUCAUGGCUCUCAGGAUUGCCGAGGCUGCUAGGAUAUCUGACUCGUCCCGAGAUAUUGUUUGUACUAUCCUCGACUAAAGAAAAAUAUGGGUUGUUCAUUGAUUUGUGUGGAGAGCAUGGAAAAUACUCUUCAUCGCCCAUGAUAUUG